AUGUCAAACUUACUGCAAUUAAUCAAUCCUGAUGAUGAUUAUAGUUAUAGCUAUACUCCUCCAAUAGAAAUAGCACCUAAGGAUAGUACAAUUAGUCCAACAGCCACAACAACAAAUAAUAAUAAUGAUGAUGAGGAUGAAAGUGAAGAACCAACCACUAAUGAAACAACACCAGCAGAACCUAAUACAGUAACUCAAGAAAUGAUUGAAGAAUCAUUCGAAAAGAUAAAAACUCAUUUCCCAGCCGCUAGAAUCAAAAAAAUCAUGCAAAGUGAUGAAGAAAUUGGAAAAGUUGCACAAGCAACUCCAAUUAUUGUAGGAAGAGCUUUGGAAAUCUUUAUGGCCAAUUUAGUUGAAGUGUCAAUCUUAGAAGCUAAGAAACAAGGUGUUAAAAGAAUUAGUGCAUCUCAUGUUAGAGCUGCUAUUGAAAAUACUGAACAAUUUGACUUUUUGGUGGAAGCGGUUGAAAAAUAUCCUCCAUUGAAGAAUUAA